AGAACAGGAAGACUCCGCCAGCGCUAGAGACGUAUUCGCUUCCUCCGCUGUCACCCAGGGGUUAAAAAGUUAACGAAACUUCCAGCAAACAUGGAAACAAACUUGGGACACAAAGUUAUCCCGAGUUACUCGUAACACCAGCUCGUCGCCCGUGUUUUGGUCGCCGAGACAACUCGUGGAAGAGGAAAUAUAUUUUUUUCCGCGUAGACUUUACCUAAGCUAACCUAGCUGAAGCUAACGUUAGCUCAGUUAGUGCCGCAUAAUUUCGGGAGUUAAAAUUCACAUUGCUAAAAGCAAAACAUUGUGUUGUGCUACACGUGGGAAGUUAAAGAGUAGCGUUUUUAUUUAAUCGAAGCAACAGGCUGUUUUCGUACUUUUCGCCCAGAGGACGCUAGGCUGCGCUUUGAAUUUCCCUCCCUCAGUGGUACAGACAAGUGGCUUAGCGAGAGGGUCGCUUGGUGUACCUGGCUUCCUACCAACUCAGUAGCAGCACGGUGCUAAUUGUGGCUAGUUAGCCGGGCCACUAGUAUAGGCCCCAGGGAAUUAGCAUUUAGCUUUUUGGCAAGUUAAAGAAACAUUAACUUUGUACUGGAAGCGGGGAGAUUAUCGCUACACGUGUUUUAUUUUGACACUCAAUUCAAGGAGACGGAUUAACUUUCAAAUAUGGAUCAACACACGGGGAAUUCUGCCUCAGCAGCUGCUCCGAAGAAGGACAAGAAAUCAAAGAAGAACUACGAGGAUGGAGAUACGAAAAAGAAAUUUAAACUCAAACGGCUGUUUCCUGAUGAGUUGGAACGUUUCACCAGCAUUAGGAUGAAAAAGGACAAGGAAAAGCCUGGCCAAAUGCCAGGUCAGCGACAUUCUUCGGCUGCCAGCUAUGAGUUCAAUUCUCAGAGUGCCAUGCUGCACGAUCAUUCUGACGAAUAUGUGUUGGACCUCUUCGAACAGAUGCUGGUGGAUAUGAACCUGAAUGAGGAAAAGCAGCAACCUCUGAGAGAGAAAGACAUAAUGAUCAAACGAGAAAUGGUCUCCCAGUACCUCCACACGUCCAAAGCUGGCCAAGACCAAAAGGAGAGCUCCAAGUCAGCCAUGAUGUACAUCCAGGAGUUGAAGGCAGACUACCGAGACGCACCGCUGCUGAGCUGUCUUGAAUCUCUACGAGUCUCGCUUAAUAACAAUCCUGUCAGUUGGGUGCAGAAUUUUGGAAAUGAGGGCCUGGCUCUGCUUCUGAAUCUGCUUCGAAGACUUCAAGAGGAGAAAGAUGAAUACCCAAUGAUGGGAGUGAAAUGUCAACACGAGAUCAUUCGCUGUCUUAAAGCCUUCAUGAACAACAAGUAUGGUCUAAAAUCUAUGCUGGAGUCAGUUGAAGGAAUUCCUCUGCUGGUCAGAGCCAUCAACCCCAGGGUGCCUCAUAUGAUGGCUGAUGCUGUCAGACUGCUCUCUGCCAUCUCCAUUUUGGACCAUCCUGAAAAUCUUCAUGAGCGUGUUUUGGAAGCAAUUACAGAGGAGGCUGAAAAACGGGACAUUGAGCGGUUUCAGCCUCUCCUCACUGGAAUGAACAUUCACAACAUUGCUCUUAAGGGUGGCUGCAUGCAGCUAAUCAACGCCUUGAUCAGCCGGGGAGAAGAAUUAGACUUCAGAAUCCAUAUUCGCUCUGAACUGCUAAGACUGGGACUUAGAGACCUGCUGAGGGAGGUGCGGACGAUAGAAAAUGAAGAGCUGAGGGUGCAGCUCGUGGUGUUUGAUGAGCAGGCUGAAGAUGACUCUGAGGACCUCAAAGCACGUCUUGAUGACAUCCGCAUUGAAAUGGAAUAUCCUUCCAAUAGUGAUGUGAGGGAAGUGUUUGAGAUAUUAGUCAACACUGUGAAGGACUCCAAGGCCGAAAACCACUUCCUAUCCCUGAUGCAACACCUGCUGCUGAUCCGCAAUGAUUAUUUGGCCAGGCCUCAGUACUACAAGUUGAUGGAUGAGUGUAUCGCUCAGAUCGUACUUCACAGGAAUGGGGCGGAUCCUGAUUUCAAGUGCCGUAACCUCAGCCUCAACAUCGAAGGCUUGAUAGACAAUAUGGUGGACCAGACCAAGGUGGAAACCAGCGAGGCCAAAGCCACUGAGCUAGAAAAGAAGCUUGAUGCAGAGUUGACGGCACGCCACGAGUUGCAGGUGGAACUGAAGAAACUGGAGGGAGACUAUGAACAGAAGCUGCAGGACUUGAGCCAAGAGAAGGAACAGCUGGCCACAUCUAAGCAGGAACGAGAAAAGGAGAACCAGGGUCUACAACAACAGCUAAGCACUUUGCAAAAGGAGAUUGAAAAGCUGUCCAAGGAUCUGGAAGAGGCCAAAACUAAGGUUGUCACGGUUACUGUUCCUGUGCCAACACCAGGUCUGCCCCCUCCACCUCCUCCCCCUCCCCUCCCUGGCCAGAAUACAGGUAUUGCCCCUCCACCGCCACCCUUACCAGGCCACGCCACCGCGGCUGUUCCCCAACCCCCACUCCCUCCUCCUUUACCAGGGCACUGUGCUAUUCCUCCCCCUCCUAUCCCACCCCCUUUACCUGGCAUGCCAGGACCUCCACCACCCCCGCCCCUCCCUGGAAUGCCAGGACCGCCACCACCACCACCUUUACCUGGAAUGCCAGGACCACCACCACCACCGCCGCCGCCUGGAGGUCCUGGGUGUCCUCCUCCACCGCCACCAGGCCCAGGCAUGCCUCCACCUCCCCCAUUUGGCAUGGGGGGCUGGGGUGCCCCUGCACCACCUUCGCUACCUUUUGGGCUUCAGCCGAAAAAGGAGUACAAGCCUGAGGUCCAGCUGAAGAGAGCCAACUGGAGUAAGAUUGGACCAGAGGACCUCUCUGAGGGAAGUUUUUGGACCAAGGCAAAAGAGGGCCAAUUUGAAAACAAUGAACUGUUUGCCAAACUUACCUUAGCCUUCUCCUCGCAGACUAAGAGUAAGUGUGUAGUCUGUAUAUUUUACUACUUGCAGUUAUCAUGUUGA